CAGCGGGAACGGGCGGGGGCUUCCUGCGCUCCGGAGCCGCCGCCGGCAGCAGCAGCAGCAGCAGCAUCAUGGAGCGCGUCCCGCGGCUCGUCGCCGCCGCAGUGCUCGUGGGCUGCUGCGCGCGGCUCUGCCCCGCUCUCGGCGGUGGGACGGGCUCCACGCGGGGCACGGCCGCCCCCUGCGCCCACCCAGGGCAGCGCUGCAGGACAGAUCCGCAGCACGGAGCGGGGUGGCUGCAAACAGAGGCUGAGCUGUUCCCCUUCCCUGGGACCCCACCCGGGACCGCUGAGCCCCCCGGCACCAGCAGCAGCCCCGGGGAGGCUGGGACGGGCCCUGCAGUGCGGGAUGGAGUGAGCACCGAGGCGCAAAAUUCACUCUCUGCUGGUACCACUGAUGCAGCUGCAGACAGAGACAGAACGUCUCCCACACGCCCCGGGGACAGCCCUGCCUGGGGGCUCACAGCGGUCACCGUGGAGCUGAGCACAGCUCCAGCCAUCAGCGCUGCCCCCCGGCCUGAGCCCAUAGGAAAUGAGAAGGCAGAAAGUGCCCCAGCCUCACAGAGGACCCUCUUGCAUUCGUUGUCCCAUGUAACGGUGUCCAGCAGCACUGGGGGGCAGCGGGGAACCCCCAGCACUAUGAGGACAGAGUUCACACAGAGCUGGGGGGGCUCAACCAGCCCCUCGUACCUGAAGCCACAGGGCAGGGGUGCCACCAUCCUGCCCAGUGACAGCAGAGCAGGGACCCCCCAGGGCCACACAACAGACAGCCCUAUGCCAGGGACGAGUGGGACGCUGCCUUUUGUGGGGGGGAUGCAGAAUCUGCAGAGCUCCCCUGGGGAACUAGGACGGAUGCAUCAAGUGCUGGCAGGGACAGGACCAGCAGGAGAGUCCCACCCAUUGCAGGGGACAACCAUGGCCUGGCUGGGUCCUCAUGCCACCUCCCACCCCUCUAUGCUGUCCCCAGGGGUUGGUGGCCGUGGAGGACUGAUAUGGCAUCCCAGGGGCCCUGGGGCCAGCACGGCCCUACUGCCCAUGGAGUCACAUCUACCUCCUGACCACAGCACCACAGCCACUGCCACAGGGGUGAUGUCCCCUGGCCUUGAGGGAGCCCCAGACCUGACCACAGAGGUGUUGGUGCUGCCCAGCACUCAGGGUCCCCCUGGGCCCAACCGUGACCCCAUGAACCAAACCUGGCAUAUCUCAGCCUUGCCAAGGGAAGCCCCAACCUCACCAGGCCCACAGCUCUCCCUGGGGCUCAGCCCCACUGCAGACACCCCCCCAGUAGCGUCCCCAGGGCAUGAACAUGCUGUGAGCCCUCAGGUCCCGGUGUGGGCAGGUGAUGCUGAACCUUGGGCAGUGACUGCACCACUGAGCACAACCCUUCCCGCAGCCCCCAGCUCCCCACUGCAGCCAGCCCUGACCCAGCCCUCAUCGUCUCCACUGCUGCUUAGCUUUGCCAUUAGCUCUAUCAGCAGCAUCACCACCACCACCAGCAUCACCACCACUGUUGCCAGCACAGCCACAGCCACAGCCACCAGCACGGAUACUGCCACCAGCCCCACAUUGCUCAGGGAUGAGAGGACAGCCCUGCCGGAGCCCAGCACUGCUGCAUGUCAGGGGGCUGUGGAGGAGCUGACGCGGGGGCCCCGUGUGGUGCCAGGCUCCCCCCAUCAGCCCACAGACCCCCCCAGAGAUGCAGAGUCGCCCCAGCCACAAAGCAGCCCCACGGAGCGGCCCCACGCCGGCCCCACGUGUGUGACACCAAACCCGGCGGCAGCAGGAAGGGCCACCCCGGUGUUCAUCACGGAGGAUCAACCGCCGCUGCUGCGAGCGUCCCUCCUGCGCGUGCCCUGCGAGCUGGCGCUGGACAUGACCUUCGUGCCCGCCCUGCGCGACCCGACGUCCCACGAGCGCCACGUGCUGCUGAGCGGCUUCAACCGGACGGUGACGGCCCGGCUGGCGGCGGUGCCCGGCUUCGUGCGCCUCGAGGUGACGGCCGUCAGGGAGGGCAGAGCCCGUCGGGUGGAGCUGCGCUACGACGCGCUGUUCGCGGCCGAGCUCGUGCGGGCGGCGGCGCUGGGCGCGCUCCUGGACGCGGCGCUGCGCUCCGGCGGAACGACGGCGGUGGGCACAGCCCGAGUCGUGCGGCACGAGGCGCGCGCUCCGGAGCCCUGCGCCGCGCUGUUCUCCUGCCCCGACGGCUUCGCCUGCGUCGUGGGAUCAGACGGGAACGCCACGUGCACGUCCCUCUGCCACCGCGACUACUGCCGCAACCACGGCGUGUGCGCGCAUCCCCGCGGCCGCGGCCCGUUGUGCCGGUGCCCCGCGGGCAGCGACGUUUGGUUCGUGGGGCUGCGCUGCGAGCGGCGGGUGACGCUGUCGGGGCUGCUGGGCGCGGCCGCGGGCGCUCUGCUCGGCGUCGUCCUCCUGGGGGUCGCCGUCGGGGCCGCCGUGGUCCGCAGGUUCCGGGCGCUGCUGCGGGAGGCGCGGGCCGAGCAAGGCCGCAGCAGCUACCGCCGCUUCUGCCGCCCGGACGAGGCCGCGGUCCCGCACUGGGCGCGCUCGUGGCCGGGCUCGGGCAGUUCGCUGGACAACCCCGCCUUCAGCCGCUCCGAGGAGCUCCUGCACCUGCACCUCCCGGACGACGGCUGCUGCUGCCGCCGGGACCCGCUCGGCGCCGCGCGGUGUCCGGAGCCGCCCGCCCGUGGGCACGGCUUCCAGUACGGCUGGGACACGAGCUGCAGCAGCGUGAACGAGCCCAUGGUGGACUCAGGCAAAGCCAGUGACAUCUCGGUGUCCAGCUGGCCCGUGGAGCCCAGCCCCUGGGCGCCCUUCUCCCUCCUGCAGCAGCUCUCCAGGCAGCAACUGCAUCCAGGCAGGCGGCCGCGCUCCUUCUGCGAUGGGAUGGAGCUGUCCACACUGGAGCGGAGUUGGACGGCCUGAGCGCUACAGAGUGAAGCACGGCACCAAGCAUCAGCUUUAAAACCAACCACAUUUUAUUUCCACGUAACAAGCUCAGUGAAAGAAGUCCAAACACUUUGACAAUACAAUCAACGCGGGUGUGAUGUCAGUUCCACUCGAUGCGGAGUCCUGAAAGAUUAUCAGGCAACGGUUUCACCGGGGUCAGAGCAGACUCGGGAGCCAGCGUGGGCUGGGACAGCGUCGUUCAUAAGCGAGUAGGUACAGAGAAGUGUCCAAUAACACACAAUGCUGGCAUCCAACAGAGUUAAUGACUUACAUCCGGCAGUUUGAAAGUAAAGGCUAAACAGACUGUUGAAGUCACAUCAUACUAUGUACAUACAUGGUCUGCCCUAUAGCCAUUUCAGAACAAGCUAAAGCCACUGUGAAGUGAAAUACAAAGUAAGCGCUGCUGCAUCGUUUGUCACGAUUAAUGUAAAUGAGGUAUAAAUUUAAACACCAGUACGUUUUAAGCAUUAAAAGUUUAUUUUCCAAAAUGCUCUCCUUAUUUGCAAGUGUCCUCUUGAGCAUCUGCUGGGCACAAAUGGUGGGGGGGGGGCAGUGGAAGCUUAUGGAGGGAGGGCAACGGGGUUGAUUCCAAAGGUGCUCAAAUAGAAAAGGAAAAGCAAGCUGCAGGUUUCUGCACUUAAAGAUUCUCAGCUCCCAGCAGGUGCUGAGGGAGAGUUUUGCGAGGAUAAAAACACAGAUUUGUUCAUUAAAAUUAAACAAAGGAAAAGAAAUCGGGAGGCUAAAAGAAAAAUUGGACCUAUGGGGAUACAGAGCUAUAUGGUGCGAUACCUUCGUCGUAUAGAAAACAGCCUACAAAUAAAGUCACAAAAAAUAGACAGUUAUAUGCUGAGCAGCCAAAAACAUCAUGAUUUAUUCAUAUCUGGAGAAACUUCAUAAUUCAAACACAACCAAACUGUACAUUUUACAAUCACAUUCUAUUUGUAAACAGUUAAAAGCCACUGACUUCUUUUGCAUCUUGGGACACAAACAGUUAGAAUCAAGGCAAUGAAAUGAUGGCGAUUUCUGCACUGUUAAAAGGUUCUGUUUCUUUUUUACCCUUGCCUAGUCUGGAACGCGCCGACUAAACAAGCAUCCAUAACACCUUGUGUGGCAAAGAGAUGGAACUCGUUUCAACUUAUUUGCGAGAGAACUUUUCGAACAUUUAAAACUUGGUAUAACAACAAACGAUUCUGUAAGCCCAAUCGCUUGGUUACAGUAAUGCAUAGUUAACUCAGUUCGGCUUUAAGGUACGACAGUUCAACGUUAACACAGUCACAGGAGCAGAAAACAGCCACUCUGGAUGGGAUUACAAAAAAGGAUCGUAGAGCUACGGAUCAUUAGCAAACCACCAGCACUCACUAAGGAAAAAAGG